UAAAAAAAAUUCGUGCAUAUGUUAUUUAUGGUGCGAACGAUCAAAAGAUCCAAGUCGAAGACGUCUUGUCACUUAUCUAAAAAAAAAGAGAAGAAAAAAACAGAAGGCUUCGCAAGCAUGAGUCUUAAAGUUAUUAACAAAGUUAUACCCGGUUUGUUCCGGUUGGCACCGACGCGUACACAGGUACCAACUCCGGAAUGCGCCGCGUCCCGUCGGCGGAAGUGUGAUCGCGGAGAACGUGUCUCUUCCGAGUUCGUCGCGGAGGAGACGUGUUUCUCUCUCUCUCUGUCUCUUUCUCUCUCUUCCGAGUUCGUCGUGAUCGAGGGACCGAGGACGAUGCGCGCGGCGAUACGUCCGACGAGCAUCGGAUUCCGGUGGGGUGUGCUUGCGGGUCAGAGUCCUCGGCACGUUGACCAUCGCCGAGAUCUGCGUGCGGCACGCUGGGUCACGUCCACGGCUGCGUCUGCGGUGAUCUAUCGUACACGGAAGAACACAGGUCAAUCGAAGAUCAUGACGAGGAUACAAUAUCCCGAGGCGCGCAGGGACGAGAGCGUCGUCGAUGAUUAUCAUGGCGUUGAGAUAAAAGAUCCAUACAGAUGGUUGGAAGAUCCAGAUUCGGCAGAAACGAAAGCUUUUGUUGAUGCCCAGAAUGCCAUCACUAAACCAUAUCUGGCUGCAUGUAAAGCGCAUGACAAUAUUCAUGAGCGUUUGAAACAAUUGUGGGAUUUUCCAAAAUACUCAUGCCCUGCCAAACAUGGCAGAAAAUAUUACUUUUAUAAAAAUACUGGUUUGCAAAAUCAAAGUGUCUUAUAUGUACAAGAUACUCUUGAAAGUGAGCCGAGGGUGUUUCUUGAUCCAAAUACUCUUUCCGAAGAUGGAACCGUCGCAAUUACUAGUAGUAGUUUUAGUGAGGAUGGUAGCAUCUUUGCAUAUGGAUUAUCUAAAAGUGGCUCUGACUGGAGUACUAUUCAUUUUCUGAAUGCACAUACUGGUGAAAAAUAUCCAGAAAUUCUGGAGAAGGUAAAAUUUUCGCCAAUUACAUGGACCCACGACAAUCGUGGUAUUUUUUAUGGACAAUAUCGAGAUCAGCAAGGGAAGACCGAUGGUUCGGAAACAUUAGGUAAUGAAAAUCAAAAGUUAUGCUACCACAUUGUUGGUACAUCACAAUCGGAUGAUGUCGUCGCGGUUGAGUUUCCUGAGGAACCAUUGUGGAGGAUAGGUGCAGAAGUGUCUGAUUGCGGCAAUUGGCUAAUUGUCACUCCUCUGAAGGACUGCAGAGAUAAUUUAGUAUAUUUUACACCAUUAAAAAAUGGAAUGGAAAUCAAGAAUAACCUACCACUGACACAAGUUGUUGAUAAAUUGGAAGCAGAUUAUGAAUACGUGACUAAUAUUGGCAGCAAAGCUGUGUUCCGUACAAAUAAGAAUGCACCUAAUUACAAGUUGAUAGCUAUAGAUUUGUUAGAUUAUCAGCAAGAAAAAUGGGUUGAUCUUUUACCAGAACAUCCUGAGAAUGUACUGGAUUGGGCUAAUGCUGUAGAUGGAGAUAAAUUUGUUGCUUGUUACAUACAGGAUGUUAAGAACAUUUUGCAACUCCAUUGCUUGAAUACUGGUAAUAUGCUUAGAACAUUUUCUCUUGAUCUUGGCACUGUUAUCGGAUUCUCAGGGGAAAAAAAAUAUUCUGAAAUAUUUUAUCAGUUUACCUCAUUCUUAACUCCGGGCAUUAUAUAUACAAUUGAUUUGAAAAACGAAGAGGAGCCACGAAUCUUGCGAGAAAUCAAAGUAAAAGGUUUUGAUGCGAGUUUGUACAAGACUAGUCAAAUAUUUUAUAAAAGCAAAGAUGGUACAAAAAUUCCCAUGUUUAUAGUAACAAAAAAUAAUGCUGUAUUAGACGGAACUAUGCCAGGCUUACUUUAUGGAUAUGGUGGUUUCAAUGCAAGUAUUCAACCUACAUUUAGUGUGACAAGACUUGUCUUUAUACAACAUUUCAAUGGAGUUCUUGCUGUUGCUAAUGUUCGCGGAGGAGGUGAAUAUGGAGAGAGAUGGCAUAAUGCAGGACGCUUUUUUAAUAGACAAAAUGUAUUUGAUGAUUUUCAAUACGCGGCUAAAUAUCUUGUAGAAAACGGGUAUACUACCUCUGCGAAAUUAACAAUUCAAGGUGCCAGUAAUGGCGGUCUGGCUGUUGCUGUAUGUAUAAAUCAAAGACCUGAUCUAUUUGGUGCUGCUAUAGCUCAAGUUGGAGUUAUGGAUAUGUUACGCUUUCAUAAGUUUACCAUCGGUUCUGCUUGGGUCUCAGAUUAUGGCAGUUCCGAUGAUCCCAAGCAUUUCGAGAACUUAUUAAAAUAUUCACCACUACAUAAUGUGAGAGUACCACCAGAUGACAUACAAUAUCCGGCAACGUUGCUUCUAACUGCUGAUCACGAUGACCGCGUCGUGCCAUUGCAUACUCUUAAAUUAACAGCGACUCUUCAACAUGUUCUUGGAAAUAUACCAAAACAGAAAAAUCCUUUACUUGCAAAAAUAGAUACUAAGGCAGGCCAUGGCGGUGGAAAACCGACUAUGAAAGUGAUUGAAGAAAGUACCGACGUCUUAUCGUUUAUUGCGCAAUCUUUGGACUUGGAAUUUAAAGUGUAAUAACUACUCAAAUAAAAA